UAUGCCUUCUCAAAGUUUAAAAUCUAGUGCAAGAAUUCCAAUAUUUAUUCCAAUAUUUAUUCUAAUAUUUAUUCUAAUAUUUAUUUUUAUUCCAAAGUCUUAACCUUGACUUCAAUUUACCAUUUACCAUCCAUUUCUCCUUAUAGAUACUAACCGUCAUGGGUAUCGCUCAAACACCGAUUGUCCGUCUUUCUUGAGCUUGGCUUGCUGCAAUUCCAUUCGCAUGUGACAUCACCAAAGACCUACCUACACCGCGACAGCUAUUUCUUUCCAUAUCAUCGACCAAUCCAAUUCCUCACUCUUAGAGGCAAUACUCUGGAUGGAAACUUAGCUAGACAGAAGGAAAAUGAACAGCUUAUUGCGAUAGCGCAGCGCUAAACUGGCAUUGAACGUCUUCUAUCCCUUAGGUACUGAGCUAAGUGGUGUUAUACCGAACAUAUCAAAUCCAAAAUGCCCUUACCAUUCCUUGGUCGAUUGGACAUCGUCGAAUACUUUGCCCUCGUGGGCUCCUUCUUUCUCAUCGGGCUCGAGGCCCUUAUUCGAGUGUUAACGCUCGCGUUACCAUCCUCAUUGUUGAACCUUCUCUACCGAGCCUCGCGACGGCUGUUUAACAGGUUGACUUCACCGGCGCAGAAAAGGGCCGAACAGAGAAGGAAAUCCAUCUCGACCUCGGUUCGAAAUGCCUCCGAUUUCGUUGAUCUCUGUGCCAUGUAUGGCUACACAGCCGAGGAACAUGUGCUACAAACAAAAGAUGGAUACCUACUUGGAAUACAUCGCCUUGCGUGGAGGAAAGGUGAGGAAGACAUGAAAGUCAACGACGGGCCCGCCAGUCUAAAGAAGCGCGUCGUUUAUCUUCACCAUGGUCUCCUCAUGAAUAGCGAAGUUUGGGUUUGCCUCACCGACGCUCAGAGGUCUCUACCCUUUGUGUUAGUGGAAAGAGGUUUCGACGUUUGGCUGGGUAACAACCGUGGGAACAAGUACUCUAAAAAGUCGAUCAACUACCCCCCUACUACGCCCGAGUUUUGGAACUUUUCAAUCGACGAGUUCGCUUUUCACGAUAUCCCAGACUCGAUCAACUACAUCCUAGAGAACACAAAGCAGCAGUCCUUAUCCUACAUUGGCUUCUCCCAGGGCACCGCGCAAGCGUUUGCUAGCUUAGCGGUGCACCCUAAAUUGAAUGAGCAGGUCAAUGUAUUCAUAGCAUUGGCACCGGCCAUGUCACCUGCUGGUUUGAAUAAUGGCAUCGUCGAUGCUCUCAUCAAAGCCUCGCCCCAGGUCCUCUUUCUCCUCUUUGGUCGACGUUCUAUUCUCUCAUCUGCUACGAUGUGGCAGUCUAUACUGUACCCACCUCUGUUUAUGAAAGUCAUUGAUAUGGGCUUGUCUUUCCUGUUCGGCUGGAAGACCAAAAACAUCUCGGUUAGCCAGAAGCUCGCGGCUUAUCCACAUCUGUAUUCGUUUACCAGCACGAAGUCGGUCGUCCAUUGGUUCCAGAUUAUUCGCAAUCGGUCAUUCCAAAUGUACGACGACGAUGUGCAAACACCUCUAUCUAUCAACACGUCGAGCAAAUACACGAAGGUCGCCAAGUAUCCAACCCGCAAUAUUAAGACUCCCAUUGUCUUGGUCUAUGGAGGGAGCGACUCUCUAGUUGACAUCGAGGUUAUGAUGCGAGAGUUACCUAAUAGGACUGUAGCAACUGAAAUUCCCCAUUAUGAACACCUUGACUUUCUCUGGGCUCGCGAUGUUGACAUUCAAGUCUUUCAACACGUAUUUGAUGCCUUGGAAAAUUUCAAGGGUGCAGAACAUUCGCUAGAAGAGUUUGAAAGCUACCAACGAGCGCGCAGCGCCAGUCUGACAGCCUCUAAUACCUUUAGGCAAAAUGGAAAGCUAAAUGGUGUUAGCACACAUCGUAGCAGCGACGCGUUCGAAUCCGAUGGGGCUUCUGGGUCCAAUGGAUAUCAGGUCAACGGAGAAUCUCUAUUGAGUGUACAACACGAGGCGCGUGAAGAUCCCGCGAAUAAUUCCGAUUUUACUCUAGAAGCGGCGGAACCUAUCAACGCCGCAACUCCUAGUCUUCACAUUCAUCCUAACCCUAUCGCCACGAUCAAUGAAAAUGCGCCGCCCUUGACUUCGCCCGAUAGGCCUAACUCGUCCGGCGGUUACGACGGCGUGGGAGAUCUACCUACCCCCGCAACGCCUAGUCCCUCAGCUCAGAACAACAAGCGGAAUCGCCGACGUAAUAGUGCUGCCAGCAAUCUCAGCUUGGAGGGUUCGAUGAAAGAGGGACGCGGCAUCAAAAUUGGCGCUGCGAAACCCAUUAUAGGUAGCAGCAGCGACGAGGGGCGGAGGUUUUCUCGAUUAGACAGUCGAUAACUUAUAUAUAUGCGACUGGAUCUCGGUAUACAUGACUUGGGCGCGCGGAUAGAUUGGCGUUUUCAUAAAAGGAAAAAGGGUACCCAUUUUAGCAUAUUUUACCAACCUAAGUUUUGGCUAUUGCAUUUGUCAGGGGGUUCGCAGACACGGGGACUUGCGCAACGAGUCUCGAAGGGUUUGGGGGUUUGGGGGUUUGGGGGUUUGUGUAUAG